UAAAAUAAUACAAAAGCAAGUUUGUAAUGUACAUUCAUAUAGAGAGUUGUGUUUACACAGAGUAUGUAAUGUUUUAACCUUGGGAACAACGUUCUUCCUGAAUGUUCACGCAGCUCCAAUGAUCCUACAUGUCAUAUGUCUUUUGUGUAGGAAUUCAUUUUGAGGCUAUGUCGUGGAUUUUUGUAACGAAAUUAUUCUCUUCUCCAACAUGGAAUCAAAUGGAAUGGAUCAUUAAAACCAACACUUUACAACGAGCAGACUUCGUUCAUUCCAUAUGUGUAUAUAAACGCUGAUCUUCGUGGUAAAAUGAAACUGCUAAGGUUCGAGAUAUAACAUUUGUGAGGCAGUCCAUCUGAAUAAAGAAGGAAUGAAAGAGCAAACUGGCAGUUGUUGAAAGCGUCUCAGAACACUUGACACCGAACGUUGUCCUUUCAUGGAUAAACUUACCAGUUUUUACAGUCUUUUUCUGUUGUGCUGCUGCAUUUGAAGAAAUUUGAUGUGAAUCUUGUGUAUCACACUAAUAUGAUUAUCAAACCGAGAAGAAGGAACACAAUGCCAUUGGAAAGGAAAGACUGCAUUGUACCAUGUCAAGCAUGGCUAAGAUUCACAUAUUGUUCAGCAAAAAAAAAAAAGCUAAUGUAUGUUCUGCUAGCAAUUAUUAGA